UGCUUAUUUCACUAUGAUGAUUUUCGUUUGAUAGAAAUUUGUACAUUUUUACUUUCGAAAAGUGUCAUUUAUGGCAAUAAAGUGUUCCGUUCAUUGCCUUUCGUUUGCAGUAGCCGCUUCCGGCCUAUAUUUUAGCUGGAAACUUGUAUUUUAGCUGGUACAAUAUUGAAUUAGUGUGGAGUCGUUGGGACCCUCAACAGUGCCCUCAACAGACAUCAUUCAACAAGGUUUUAAGAGUAUUAAGCUUGUGAUAUCAUAAAAAAGGUAGGUUGUAUAUACAAUAACUUUUGUUUAGUAUACUGCUUUUAGUCUCACUUCUAAUGAAUUGCUAUCUAUCUCAUACAACAAAAUACAGUAUAGCUUUUAUUUACAUUUUGAGGACAGCUUUUAUUUUGUGUUUAUAAUUAGAAAUUAUUGUAUGAUUUGUAUCUUGACAUGUUAUCUUGAUAGUUUGUUUUCCUUGAGAGCUUAUAUUUUAUUAUAAUAUUAUUUCUUAUAAUAUUCUGCCAAAAUAAACGUUUUACUCAUCUUUAUGUAUUUUAUAGAGCCAUAAAAGUAUUCUUAAAAGCCACAACAUGAUAAUGUUAAACUCUGCUGUUAUUAAAUGUCAAUAAAAUGAAUUACCAUAAUAGACAAGCAAGACAGCUUAUUAAAGCAGUGGGCAUUACAGAGCUUAGGCAAGCAAUGUUUUUGUAAACACAGAUGUCAAGCAUACAAAAUUGAGCAUUUAAUGAUGGUAACAUUUGUUGCUUGAAAUCACAAAACACUAUUAAAGAUUGUUGUUGUUGAUUUCACACCUGAACUGGUGACAUAAAUAAUGCCUAAACAUUUCCAACCAGGAAAGUGCUGUCUCGAUCAAACUUGAUGUUCAUAAUUUAUCAGUAUGAUUUGGUCAGGCAAAAGACUGGGUGCACAUUGGCAUAUUUGACCCUCUUAUAAAAAUGUUGAUUAUAUAACUCCAUAUAUAAUUAUGUGUUUUGUUUUGUAUUCAUGGUUUUACAACUUGCUUUGUGAGACCACUCCUUCUUACAUGAGUGUAAAAUAUUGUACUGUGUACCCAAUAUUUUCCUUGAUCUCAGUUAAAAGAUACAAUAUAUAGUGUUGUAUAAUAAGGUGACAUUGGAUAGAAACAUAACAUGUACAGUUUAUUAAUUGAGACAUUCCAGAUAAUGCAACAAAUGGAAAGUUAACCCCUCUCCCUCUUCAAACAUCCCUAUAUUAAAUUUAUCAAAAGUAGAUUUUCCCUUGCAGUCCUUGAAGGAGGUAUGUACUGGGCCAGGCACAAAUGGAGAAAUGCAAGCAUUUUCAAAAAUACUGUCGCCUACUUUUCACAUCAAAUUUUGUUGAUCAGCUAACAAAUCAUAUUACUAAAUUUUUCCCUAGCUUCACAAAAACACAUUCACUUCAAAGUGGAAAAUAUUUAGGCUUAACAGUAGAUGAUUUUAUUUGUCAAUCAGGUUAUGAAUGUCAAUUAUAUGAACUGAACACAUACACAUGCUCUUUGAUGGUAAACUCACCUGGCACUACAACUAGCUUGCAAUGAAGACAGGCUCUUUACUUCUGCCCCCCCAUUAAACAUGCUACAUUGCUUGCAUUAGUCUAUAUCUGUUGGCAUUCCCAGAUAUAAUGAUGAAAAGCUUGCCUUGUGCUUUUCCAGGAAAUAAUUGAUGGAAGUAUUUUGGGUGGCAUGUUUUUCAUUCAUUGUUGCAUAGUGUGCUUACAUGAUUUUUUUGGCAAUGUCUGGGAUUGCCUGCAAGCUAGCAUGAGAGUGGGAAUUGAAUGGCAAAUGAGUUAACAAAGUCCUUAUUUCUUCAGGAAAGAUGCCAUUGUUUAGCUCAGGCAAGAAAAAUCCAGCGGAAUUAGUCAAAGCACUUCAUGAAUCAUUAAACAUUAUGUCUAAAGAACAGUCAGGAAAAAAGAAUGAAAAGGUAAAAUUUAACCUCCUUCCCAGGCUCUUUCCUCUCCUACCUUGCUGGAGAAGGAGCCUGGGACCAAGGUUGGGUAAAAUUCUGAGUUUUAAGUAAUUUAAUUUGACCAUAUGGUCCACAGUUCUUGCAAUAUUUGCCAGCAAACUGCAAUUAUUUGCUGCACAGCAUGAUAUUCAAACUAUUACUAUUGUUCCCAGUAGGAAUGUUCGGUAUGAGAAAUUUCCGGUAUCGUUAUACCGAAAAAAAUUAUACCGAUAUUAUCGGUAUACCGGUUUUCCUUUGAUAAUUAUAAAGGAAAAUUCUUUAAUGGAAGCUUGAAGGAAAUUUUGAGUAAUUCUAAAAGGGAAAACGAUAAUUUCGAAGCUGUUUCGAACAUGUUUCGAACGACAUGCAUAUGUACUCAGUGUAAAAUCUCACUGAAGUGGAAAUUCUAAAUCAUUGCAGUAGAAAGUUCUUUGAAUUGCCAUUCAAUAGUAAAAUAAAGGUUAUGGUUUUGCCAUAUAGUUGGUAAAUUUAGCACGGUAUAUCCAGACCUCGCAACUUUGCAGAGAAAUUAAGAGUGAAAUUGGGGAUGUGGAUGACACCUUUGCAAAAGUCCGGGGGUCUGAAAUGGCAUUUUGUACAUUAUGAGAGUUGGUGUUUUUUAAUGAAAUACAUUGCUUCAUAAGACAUAACGUCCUUUAAGACAAGGCACUUUAGUUACAAUAACUGUAUUUCUGCGACAUACAGUAAUGAGCUUUAAUUUGCCUUUGAUAAUUUACAUACAGAAUUCUGCUCCGACUGAUUUCUGCCUUUUGUCCGCCAUAUUUACAUAUGCGUAUUAUUUUGUAUCCAAAUUGCGGGCCAAAUGUCGGGCCGUAUAUGCAGGAACAUGAAUAACACACGAUUAUAUAUUCGAUUCGCGAUCCGUAUAAUGAUUAAUGCAUUUACCGUAAGAAUACAAUAUUACAUUAUUGAAAAAAUACUAUGAAACUGCUAUAUGCGUGAGAUUUACUAAACGUGGCGUGAGAGCGUGAGAGUGAAGCGAAUUGUGUGAGACUCGCGCCAAAUGCGUGAGAGUUGAGAGGUCUGUAUAUCCGAAAUUUCGGUAUAUCGGUAUGGAUGAAUAUCCGGUAUCGAUAUACCGAUAUUGAUUUAACACCGAUAUUUUCGGUAUAUCGGUAUACCGAACAGUCUUAGUUCCCAGUAAACUGCGAAACGACCGUUUUUUUAGGCGCUUUGUCAGUGACAGUUUUGUGAAUUAUGAAGGACAUAUUUGUGUACCUCGUGAUCACAAUUUGUUGCAAGCAGCGUGUGAAAAACUGCAAGUUUCAGUUUGACAGUUCUGACAGUUAAAUGAUUUCUAGUUUUAUUGUCCAAUCAGGUGCGUAGUUUUGAUUUAAAAUUCAAAACUAUGCAUCUGAUUGGACAAUAAAAUUAGAAACUCAUUUAACUGUCAAACUGACACUUUAUUGACAGUUAAUUGCAGUUUUUCACAUGCCGCUUGCAACGAAUUGUGAUCACGAGGUACACAAAUAUGUCCUUCGUAAUUGACAAAACUGUCACUGACAAAGCGCCUAUAAAAACGGUCGUUUUGCAGUUCACUGGGAACAACAGUAAAUUGAGUGGCAGCAACUAAAUGAACGGGUUAACUCAACACAUGGGCAGAUUAAUUAAACCCUCUGAGCACCGCUUGUUCACAUGUUACCAUGUAUAGCUGUUUCAACUUGCUCUCACAAUGUUGUGUUUCAGGCUUUAGAGGACAUUGGUAAAUAUCUUGCUGCAAUGAAAGCCAUGUUGUAUGGAACUGGGGGUAGGUUCACAAGCAGUUUUCAUAAAUUAUGCUAACUGAGAGAUGAACAGAUAAAAACAAAAGAAGCGAUAAUUAUUAUGUAUAUUAUACACACAUUACAGACCAUUAGAAACUGAAUUGGGAUGAGUGGGAAAGAACAGAAAAAAAUUAAUACAAGACAAAAUUGUCUGAAAAAAUGCAUACAGUCCGAAGGUGCCAAUAACUGAAAAAUGAACACAACAUGAACAUGAGACAAACUGUAAAUUUAAACAUGUUUGUAGGGUGUAAACCUCUCCACCUCCUCCACCCUUAUCCAUGCAUAAAAUACUCACAUAUAUACCUUUUGAAUCUGUGCAUGCACAUCUUCUAACAUCUCUUUUUAAAAUCUUGACAUUUCUAAAGACAUUAUUUGGAAUAUUUAGCUCUCAAAACCUAAAAUAUGAUACCUCUUUGCAGGCACAUUCAGAAGUUCCAUGAAUUUUGCUUGCAUAUAUGCAGGUGCUAAAUAAUAUUAUUGGGCCUUGUCUAUAUAGUAAGUAUUUAAAAUGUGAAUAAUUUUCUUAUUUAGAACAAGAACCGCAGACAGAACUUGUAGCCCAGCUUUCACAAGAGUUCUAUAACAAUGAUACAAUCCAAGCACUGUUGGAUAGCCUUGAAAAAAUGGACUUUGAGGUUGGUUAUUUGAAGGACUCCAAAAGAAUGUGCUAGUUGGAGUCCAUAGUGUAGAAGUCUUUAUAGCAAGAAUUUAUAUAUUAAUUAUUCUGAUAUGUGUUAUAAUAUACAUCACUUAUGGCCUUUGCAGUGCAUCAGCACUUGAUCAAAUCUCGAACAGGGCAGUGUACCAAACUGCAGAGUUGUCAACGUCGCACUCUCAAGGCAGAUUUGUCAACGUCGCACUCUCAAGGCAGAGUUGUCAACGUCGCACUCUCAAGGCAGAGUUGUCAACAUCGCACUCUCAAGGCAGAGCUGCCCAGGCUCUGCUUGUAGCCCGCAUUUGCCCGUGCCAGGCCUAACCCUCCUAGAAUUAAAGGAAGGAAGGAAGGAAAGAUGGCUUGAAAUCUCCUAAACUAUCGUAUACAUAGCAGUAAACCACGUCGACUUUUUUGCCUUUUAACAUAUUUCUCUCAAGUAAAAUCGGUACAACUCUAUUAAAAAAUCAUAAAAUCAUUAAAGACCAUGUCAAGUUCGUUCUGCGCAUCAGUUCUUCGCAUCAGUUCUGCACAUCAGUUCUGCACAUCAGUUCUGCACAUCAGUUCUGCGCAUCAGUUCUGCACAUCAGUUCUGCGCAUCAGUUCUGCGCAUCAGUUCUGUGCAUCAGUUCUGCUCAUAACAAAGGGGGACCCCAGAUAUAAACAUUGCCCAAAUUUUUCAUCUUUCGAACUUUCUUGAAUUGAAACGUACUCUAGUUUAUAUUCAUUUACAAUUGCGAACCAGAAAAGUGUUGGAUUUUCAGUUAGUAUGUCUUACUUUACAAAUAUAGCAGUUCAAAAUGUAAACAAAGGAUUUGUUUACAUUACGGACUUGAUAUGGUCUUUAAAGAGUUUAAAUUCGCAAUAGAAUACGGCAAAGAAACUAUAGUAUUAGCCAAAAUAUAUUUUUGAAGGUAGAAAUUUUAGCGCACCUGGGGUGCACUUUAUAACAAUGUUUGAUCUUUAAUCAGCCCUCAAGUCUCUGAUUUUCAUUAUUUUCAACGUGUACCCUUGACUGCCUCUUGAUGCGCACUUGCAGGAGACUGUUCAUUUGUGCGCCUGCGCAAAGAGAGAGUGCCCAAGUUUGUGGUCUGGCCAGUGUGGGAGAAUGCAAACUGCGAACUUUUGUCGAUGUGAGAGAAUAUAAAAAAAACUUCGACGUUAACUUCGAACGAAGGCCUUUCAUUUGAAAGUUAACUUCCAGACCAAGGAAUUUCACUCGAAACGUCGAACUUUGUUUCAUAUGCAUGGAAUUGUAUCACAGAAGGUCGCAGUUUAUCUGGUGUGAAACGCGGUAUACAACGCAUAUGAUUCGAUACGUUUAUAUAUCGCACAAAAAGAAACUUGACUAAAUAGAAUCACGUGCAUAAGAUGUAAAAACAAUGAUAUUGAUUUUUAAGGCAAAGAAAGAUGUUGCUCAAAUAUUCAACAAUGUCCUGAGACGUCAGAUUGGCGUUCGCUCUCCAACCGUAGAAUAUAUUCAUUCAAAAUCUGAUAUACUCAAUGUUCUUGUAAAAGGGUGAGUUUUCCUGUAAAAUAAUUCAAUAGAUCACAGUAGUUUUCAAAUACGUCGGUACUAAAAGUUCUAUUUUUGUAUUUUUGGACCAUCAGCAUUUUCUAAAACUGACCUCAUUUGAAUGUAUGUACAAACAAUUACAAAUAAUAUACAGAACAACUCUUUGUUCGGAGUUACCAUUGUUGUGUAUUUUAUGAAAAAGUUUUAAAUACAUAUUUGGUGAUCUUGAAAGAUCUUUCAUGUUCACCUUAUCAUAACCCGCACACCCGAAAAUACAUAUAUACAUGAAGUUGUGGUUAACGUUCGUCAACUGGUCUUAAAAAUAGUACAUGUUGCUAUUUUCUAGCAACAUGUGAAUAACACCAGUGGGUUACACUUUUUUGGCUAAGUCGACCUUCUGUGUGUCUUUAUUCUGUGGUAAUACUCACGGUAGAAAGUUUAUCGUUUCAGUUACGAGAAUCCUGACAUUGCGUUAAACUGUGGUGUUAUGCUUCGUGAGUGCGUCCGUCAUGAAUCUCUGGCAAAUUUCAUAUUAAAUGAUAAAUGUUUCUAUGACUUCUUCGUCUACGUUGAACUCUCAACAUUUGACAUCGCUUCAGACGCAUUUUCUUCGUUUAAGGUAGGUCAAAAUCUUCUCAUGAUAUUUGAAGACUGCGCCAGGCCUAAAAAAUAUAUUUCUCUUCCUGUGUAAGAAAAAUAAAACUUUCUGCAUAUGGAGAUUUCAGAUAUAUAAGGCUCUCUGUUGAUAUUUUAAUUAUAAUUCUCUGAUAUAAAUUUAUAAACCUUAUUUUUCUUCAGGAACUAUUAACGAGACAUAAAAUGAUUUGUGCUUCAUUUCUGGAUAGAGAAUAUGAUAAGGUACACAAACUACAACAUGAAGUACACUGUUAAUUUCCGGGAGUUAAUUUAACUCCGCUGGAGUUAUACUGUACCUCAAUUAACUCCAAAUGUGGAGUAAAAUUAGGUUCAGAAUAAUACCACUGGAGUUAAAUUAACUCCUUGAAAAUUACAGUGUAGACUCUAGAAAGAGCAAGAUAUAGGUUGCACAUGUGGAAAGAGCUUUCCUUGAGUUUUUACGGGAUAUUGCAUGUUUCCUCCCUCAGAAACAGGAUGUGAGUAGGAUAGAAAGAAAGUUUCCUGUCAAGAUAUGCUAACUACAGUGGAGUCUAAUUACGGCAAAUCUUAUUUUUCAUUUUAGUUUUUCGACCAUUAUCGUCAGUUGUUGUUUUCCGAAAAUUAUGUUACCAAACGACAGUCCAUUAAGGUAGGAGUAAAACGAUUUAGGCGGGAAAAUUGUGGAAACAUUCUUGUUAAUGUUUUUUUAUAAAAUUUCAUUUUAGUUACUUGGUGAAUUAUUAUUGGAUCGUCAUAAUUUCACCGUCAUGACUCGAUUCAUCAGCAAUCAAGAAAAUCUCAAGUUAAUGAUGAAUAUGUUGCGAGAUAAGAGUAGGAAUAUUCAAUUUGAAGCUUUUCAUGUUUUUAAGGUGAGUCAGUGAAUGACGUCACAUAUGUAUGUCAAGGUUUUCGUAAGUUGCGUAAUGUUGAAGAAGAUUAGUGUCAGGGUCAUGCAUUGCGGGCUUUUGUUAUUGUUUACAUUUUACUCAAAUACAACAAAUAGCGAUAACAAUACCUUGUUUGGUACAUUUCUGAUAAAAAAUAAGACAAAAAGAGCAAGGAUUAUAAAAGGAUGGUUUAAAUAUAUGACGGAUUGCAAAAUCCUUCCAGAUCAUCUAAUUUAUUCGUCCUGAAAAAUGGCCGCCAGCAGGAGUUUGAGCCCGCGAAUUCCUGGUGUGACUCUAAUCCUUUAAUCUGUUGACUCGUAGCUUGUGUGUAGCUUCUCUAUUUCCCCUUUGAAACUACAAGCUUCACACACAUAGUUAACAAUUUUUCACCGACAUGGACCUGAAUAGUGCAAGGAAGGAUAUUUUGAAUAUCUAUUCACCAACACUGAGGUGAAUAAUUGUUUUGGCAUAUCAAAACAAAAAUGAACAAAAAACAACGAAAAUAUUUUUAAGAGCAGGGGUUGAAAUUUUAAAAAUAUUUCAGUCGCCUAAAAGUGAAUAUAGGACUGAUCUGGUCGCUAAACGUAAUCCCUUUAUCAAUGUGUUAUGAAGUAUUCUCUUUGUAUAUAGAUAACAUUAAAAAAUCGUUGUUUAAUAUGUUGGCAAAUUAUAUACAAAAGCGGAAAGGAAGUUUUUUCUCAGCAACCCUCGAAAUUCAACUAUUUUUGCCUCGGCAAAUAAUUGCCGAAGCCUUUCGAUAAUUUUCGAGUUUGCCUCGGCAGUGCCUCGGCAAUUUUUUUUGCCGAGGCACGCAAUGAAAUCACCUUAAAUUCCUUCGGCAAUUGCUUCGGCACCCUUCGGCAUUCACGUCGGCAGUUGUAAUUAAAGUAAAGUACAUACGGAAAUUAUUGUAAACAAAUAUUAUAACGAGCGUAGAUUCUGAGACUUCUGACGUUCGACAAUUUGUUGUUAUUUUACAAAUUCCUGAUUCAAAAUGUUUUUAAAAAGUUAGUGGUAAUUUACAACCAAUUGUAUGAAAGAAUAAACUUGACGGUAGAAUCGCGCGACAGUCUAAAAGAUAAAACAAAGUUUCUCGACGUACCGUCUUUAAUUAAACCAUCAAGAUUGUUCUUUAUUUCAACCGAAGCCGACGCUGAAAAGCUCAAAUUUAAAUAUUUUGUAAAGUAGCUAUGAAAUCUUCUGUUGUUCACCCGACGUCGAUGACAACAAUUCGAACAAAGAAGUGAUACAAAAAACGAACACUGUAGUGUAGUUUGUAUAUUUAAGAAGAAAAAAAUGAACAGACACUGUCGUUUGUAAUUUAAGGAACAGCGGGUGGAAUUGCCUCGGCAUUUUUUUGCCGAGGCAAACUAUGAAAAAUCGUAACUUGCCUCGGCAUUUGCGUCGGCAAUUGCCGAGUGCCGAGGCGAAUUUCGAGGGUUGCAGUCAGUCGCCACGAGUGAAAAAUUUGUUUCCAAUUUCAGUUUUGUACGAGGCACAUUUUGUAUAAUAGUAUGGUUUCGAAUGCAAUUUGGGAAAAAUAUGUAUUUGAAUAACUCGCGGGUCUGACGAGUGUAUAUAUUUUGCAAAUUGUACGAGAAACCAUGCCUAUUAUUUAGUAAUGUAGAUGGUAAAAAAAAAACAACAACAAAACGGAAUUACAUUAUUGUCACUGCAUUACAACUGCUCUUAGCCAAGCAGAACUGAGCGCCAGCUUUUUCAUGUAAAUUAUCAGGUGUUUUACUCGCUGUUUAGAAUAUCUUGAAGAUAUUGGACACUAACCAGUAUGAAUUUUUUUUAUUACGACAGAUCUUUGUAGCCAAUCCAAACAAGACGCAAGCUAUACGGGAUAUUCUUAUAAAAAACAAAGAAAAACUUGUGGAAUUUUUGGAGAACUUUCACACGGACAGAACAGGUUCGUAGGUCGUAUUCGUAUUUCGAUAUUUAAAAACGUGAGCUAAAAUAUUUAAAAAAAACGUCCUGGUAACAUGUUCUGAACCGCAUAGUGCCAACGUCAUUCGUUUCCAUACGCAGGACUACGUAAAAGACUGAAUAAAGUUUAAAAAAAUAAUCGAACUGUGUGUGCAUAAUCGCCUUUCACUAGCCUGUUUGAGCUACAGAGUAACGUCUACUAAAUUAAAGUCUACUAAAUUGUUUGAAAUUUCAGGGAUAAUGCUUUUAUGUACUGUUUAAUAAACGAGCAGGAGUGUUUUAUUUAGACCUAAUAAAACACGUCCUGCGAGUUUUUUAAACGGCUUCAAACACGACUACCAAUUCAAUAGAUAUACUGCCUUAUUAGUAUUCUUUAUAUAAAGAACGCAAAUGAGGACACGACUACAAUAGAUACUGCCUUAUUAUACUUCUUGAUAUAAAGAAUGCUAAUUAGGAGUGUUUUAUCAGGUUUAAAGCCACUGCACGUGACAUAUUAUGGUUGACAUGAUUUGCCAAUAAGCUUAUGAAUUAUUAAUGAGUGUUUGAAGUGUUCUAAAACCUUGCGCAGAAUGUAUAGUUUGUCUAGUAGUAUAGCGAUGUUUUCAUGUCAUAUUCACCAGUAAGAUAGCCUGGGUUUAGCUAUUGUCCAAUCCAGGCCUCGAAUUUCCCUGAAAUCAAUCUGUGGCAAUGACGUUAAAAAUUGCCGUAGAACGUAACAGCUGUCUACGGCAAUUUUGGCAGUUUCCACGGCAUUUUUCAAAUUACUGUAAUAAAACUUUAAUUUUAUUGUUACUUUGGAUUUUGGACAAGCUAGAAACAUGUCUACGUAUUUCUUUAGUGGGGUUUUUUUUCGAAGAAAACUGAGACUAAUAGUGAUUUACGCGUGAUUUGAUCAACAUCUGAAUAGUUAAUAAAAAUUGCACUAUGCGGCAAAAAAUUGCCGUCGUUGCCGCAAUGAUCCACGGCAUUUUGUUCUCCCUCUACGGCAAUUGCCGCGAUAAAAUUCGAGCCCUGGUCCAAUCCAACCUUCUCGGUAUUCUGGCAAGCAUGCAACCGAACGUUCUUGGUCCCACGGAUAUUUUUAAAUUUUCUGCGUGUCAGGUACCAUAAACUUGUGACGUGAUUUUGUUGCUUGUCACAGCCUCAAUGGUCACAACGAGCCGAUAAAAUGUUUUGUGUUCCUCCCCUUGCUUUUAUGAACAGUACUAAUUAAAUAACACACAUACAAUGAAAACUGUGUAUAAAUUAAUUUGACAAAUAAAUUUGAUCAGUCAAUAUGUCUGUGCAGAAUAAAGUUAAUUGGAUAUUUAGUGUUUUUGUGCGUCAAAUAGCCGAUGCCGACCGUUAUAAUCUACCACGUUUACAGUAAUACUAUAAUAUUUAUCUUCAGUUGACUUUAUCGCAUCCUAACAUUAAUUUACCUUAGAUAUGAGAUACCAAAAGUAAGAUGGAAGUUUAAUUAAUGCAUUAUCGCUGUUCUUUUAGUAAUAAUUUUCUUUGCAUUUGUUUAACAGAAGAUGAACAAUUUACAGAUGAAAAGACAUACCUUAUAAAACAAAUCAAGGAACUCUCAUGAUUACGUUUUAUUCUUGUUUGUAAAAAGUUUAGUUUGUUAACGACUAUACUUGUAAAUUCCCAACUGUACUGUAGUAAAAACUACCUUAAUUGCACGAUAUAAUUACCUCUCCCCUGAAGUUAUAACGGAAUGAACGUAUUUUCCAACAAUAAGCAGCUGAUAUCACUGACAAUAUUAGUCAAGAACUCAAGGACAGACCACAUAUUCAAGUCUUGCACUAUGACGUAUCAUCAAAAAUAACUCGCCAUUUUGGGUGGCAAAAGUCUUGUAUUCAACUGACUACUACACAGCUGUGGUCAAAAGUUCUCAAACAAAAGCAACAGCCGCAGUCAGUACCACAGACUUGCUUUGACGCCAUGUUUGAUUGUAAGUAACUAUUUUUAAUUUGCCACCCAAAAUGGCGACAAAUACGUGUUGUGACUUGCAAGAGCUCAAUAUUGUUACCGUAUAUCAUGAUAUUGUUCCAUUGAUAAUGAAGAAUAUGUAGAAAGUAUUUGAACAGGAUUUUUGGUAAAAGGGGUAAAAUAUGCCAGAGCUCAAGAAACUUUUUGUAAUGGAAGGAAUGGUAUAUUACUGAAAGAUAAACUAACAUUGUUAGCCAGUUUAAUGCUACUUGACAAAUGCAUUGCAAAUUAAAGUAUGUAUUGUAUUAUUGUAGUAAAGAUUAAGAAGUGAUACAAGA